UGCGAGUGACAGUCACUGGUCUCCGUCCCGCUAGCUGCGGCAGCCGAGAUGGGUGCCUUCACCAUCGUUGCCGCCCAAUUCCUGCUCUUUUCCAUGCUGACUGCACGUUCGCUGGGAAACGCAGACGACGAACUGAAACUACAAGCCCACCUAAGCCCCUGCGAGCUCAUCAAGUACCACGGCUACCCCUGCGAGCUCAGCUACGCGACGACAGAUGACGGGUACGUGAUCGAGGUGGACCACAUCCCUCACGGUCGCCAGGGUAGCCCUUCCGCCGCCGGCAACCAAAGGACGCCUGGCUACCCGGUCCUCUUGCUGCCCGUCUUCACAAGCGCUUCAGAGAUGUGGUUCCUGAACUACCCUUCGCAAAGUCCCGGCUUCCUGCUCGUUGACCGGGGCUUUGAUGUGUGGUCCAUGAACUCGAGGGAAGCGAAGUUGCACUCGAACCACACGACCCUCUCUCAAAAUGAUCACAAGUACUGGCGGUGGAGCUUCGACGAGAUCGGCCGCUACGACAUGGCGGCGUGCGUCGACCACGUUCUCGAGGCCACCGGCGCCCCUAAGCUCACGCUGAUGGGACUGUCCCAGGGUGUGGUCACAACCCUGGUCUUGCUGUCUACGCGCCCGGAGUACAACGAGAAGGUAGACCUCGUCAUCGGAUAUGGUCCCGUGGCCAACAUCACACACUCGGGGUCACCUGUAUCUGUGGCAAUGCCAAUAAUUUCACCUCUGCUUUUGGCAUUUGACCCAUUGUCCAAAGGAGCUUACCUGGGAUCAAAGAUUAUCUCCAAAAUGUGUAAGAUCGUCACCGGCCGUUUGUGCCCUGCUUUGAUGAAGCUAACACACAUGAGCAGCACGCUUCAGCUUAACAAGACGCGGGUACCAGUGUAUGUCGGACACUGGCCCGGAGGUACGUCAAUACAAAACAUGCGCCACUACCAUCAGGUGUACAAGGCGAAAAACUUCAUCAUGUACAACCACGGAAUACUGGAAAAUCGCCGGCGAUAUGGCCAGAUGACGCCACCAGCCUACCCCCUUGAACGAAUCACGACCCCUAUUGCUCUAUUCUCAUCGGAAGGAGACCUGGUGGCUGACACCCGUGACGUGGCAGACUUGGUGGCGAGGCUCGGGUCGAGCGUGAUCUUCCACCGCAUCGUUCCUCAGAGAACGUUUGGGCACGCGGACUUCGUCGCGGGAUACAAUGCGAACGAAUUCUUGCACGAUAUUGCAUUCGAUCUCAUCCGACAGCACGCUACGCAGCGGUCGUGA